UGCCUGUGUGUGCUAUAAAUACUAAUCAGACAAGCAGAGCUGCAGAACUCAGAACUGGUCAGAUCGCUUACAUUGAAGCAUCUAAACAGACACUCCGUGCAAAAUGGCUUCUAACCAAUUCCAAUCUGGUCCUGUUUGCCUCAUCGAAAACACGGCAAAUAAUGACUUGCAGGUAAAUCCUGCAGCUCUGGAUAUCUUGUCGCAGAUUAACCAGCCUGUGGUUGUGGUGGCUAUUGCUGGGUUUUACCGAACAGGAAAAUCUUACCUCCUGAACAGACUGGCAGGAAGGACAUCCGGUUUUGCUCUGGGUUCUACUGUUGAGUCAAAGACUAAAGGGAUCUGGAUGUGGUGUGUUCCUCAUCGCAAUCCAAAACUAACCUUGGUGCUGCUCGACACUGAAGGUCUAGGGGAUGUGAAUAAGGGAGAUCGGAAGAAUGACACCCAUAUUUUCUCUCUGGCUGUUCUUUUGAGCAGCACUUUGGUGUACAACAGUAUGGGGACCAUCGAUAAUUUUGCAGUGGAAAAUCUUCAAUUUGUUACAGAGCUUGCUGACGUCAUUAAAGUAAAAUCCAAAGCAGAUGAUGAUGAUGAAGAGGAGGAUGAUUCUGACCUGAUUCAGUUCUUCCCUAACUUUGUGUGGGUGGUGAGAGACAUGACUUUGAAGCUAGAGAUUGAUAAUUGUGAAGUGACAGCUGAUCAGUAUUUGGAGAAGGCACUUGAGUUAAGAAAGGGUGUAAAGAAGUCAGUUAUGGAAUAUAAUUUGCCUCGUCAAUGCAUACGAAGAUACUUUCCCAGUCGCAAAUGUUUUGUCUUUGUGCGUCCAAUAAGUAGUAAUAAUUUUCAUGAACUGGAAACACUGGAAGACAAUAAACUAGAUCCUCAAUUCGUACAACAAACAAAUCAAUUCUGUGACCAUAUCUUUAGCACUGCCCCAAUUAAGAACGUUAAAGGGGGACACAAACUGACUGGAAAUUUGUUUGGUAUUUUAGUACAAACCUAUGUGAAGACAAUUCAAAGUGGGGAAGUGCCAUGCAUGGAGAAUGCAGUCCUUGCCAUGGCCAACAUAGAAAAUGAGAGAGCAGUGCAAGAAGGACUUAAUAAUUAUGUGUCCAAAAUGGAAAGUAGCUUGAUCUUCCCCACAGAAGAUAAAGUGAUAUCAGACUUACACAAGGUCUGUGAGAGGGAGAGUCUUCAGAUAUUUAUGAACCGUUCAUUCCGAGAUGAGGAUCAGUUGUAUCAAAAGAGACUGGUGGAAGGCUUGGGGAAAAAAUACUCUGAAUUGCUAGAGAAGAAUGAGUCUUCCUCUAGAGAGAUUUGUCUUUCCUUGCUCCAGAAGCUCAGUACAAACCUUGAAAAGAAUCUCAUUGAUGGGGUAUAUGCAAAGCCUGGUGGAUUUCAGCUUUAUUCUCAAGACAGGGACAAAGUUGUGGAAAAUUACAACAGAACUCCAAAUAAAGGGGUUAAGGCAGAGGAGAUGUUAAGUUGUUAUUUGGAGAAUAGAAAAUCUGAGGCAGAGAGUAUACUGCAAGCUGAUAAAAACUUGAGCAGUGCUCAGAAGACGUUAGCUGAGGAACAAGAGAAAGCAAAAAUACUUGAACAGAAUCAGCGGGAAGAGCAGGAGAAGAGGAUCCAGGCAGAGCAAAGAAUGAAGGACAGUGAAGAAAGUCACCAAGAAAAUAUAAGACAACUGAAAAUAAAGAUGGAGAGAGAAACAGAGGACAUAAAGAGGGAGCUAGAGGGAGCGAUGACAAGCAAGCUAAAAGAGCAGGAGAUUCUGCUAAGUCAAGGUUUCAAGGAUCAGGCAAAUGCCAUGACACAGGAGAUAGAUCAUCUGAAACAAGAGCUUCAGUCUCAAAACAACUCAGUUGCUGAUAUGAUAGGCAAAAUUGCAUCAGCAGUUGAGAAAGGAAUCAGUUUGUUUAUACAUCUAAAGGAUGUGGAUAACCUAGCAAGGAACCAGCCAAGGAACUCAGUGAGGAAUAAUAGGCAAAACAAGUAGUAGAGCUUUAAUUAAGAAAUCUGUUCCAAUUGGUCAGAAUUCCCAUGUGAAGUGUGCCCCAUGGCUUUUUACAAGGUUUUUUCAAGUUUAUGCAUUUUCAAUCCAUUAGAAAACUUUGCAACAACCUACUUAUUAGCUUUUAAAUGCAUCUGCUGGUUAAUAACACCCUCUGCAUUCCAGUUUAUAAUUAAACAUGUUUCUGGAAUGCUUUUUAUACUUUUUAAAUUCAAAUAAUAUGUUAUAUAUAUAUGUUAAGCAGAAAAAAACUACAUUUAUAUUAUACAGUCAUAAUUUAUUAGAUACUGUUUUAUUUUCUCGUUGGUCCUGUAUAUUUUGCUUCUUUAAAGGUUUGAAAAAAUACUGUGAAAAUCCCCUCAAAAAGUUUACAAAACACCUGAUUCUUCAAGUUU